AUGACAGGGCAGCUUGGAGAUUUACAGCCCAUCCUUGAUGAGGAACUGGGGAACUGGGAACACAUGAAUAGCAUGGGAAAGCCUCACUGGGGAGGACCAGUUUGCAUCGGCACUGCUGCAGAGGCCAGUGUCGAAGUCAGCAUCCAGGCUGAGUCUGGAAAGGACCGAGGAAGGUUCUGGGUUGCAGCAGGCAGUGUGGGCAUCAGGGAGAAGACCAAAAUUGCACCUUCCAUUCUUGUGAGCAUCUUUCUAGUUCCCUCUCUGGCCCUGAGGAACACCAAUGACAGUAUUCCUCUCGAUGGCUCUGUGGGGACCCAGACCAUCCAUGUUGAUGCCCUCCGAUGUAUGGUCAGCAUCCAAGACACCAAUGUUUUGAGUGAAUGGAAUGGAAUCAUGAACUACAAGAAUGCCCUCCUGGCAGUUAAACUGUUUAGUAAGAUGGCCUGUGUCCUGGCCAAGAUGGACCUAGCAGUCUUCCCAAGUUUGGAUGAUAUUACCCAGGCCCUGGGCAAACAGGCUUCCGGUCACUACCCACCCACCCGCGGACUGACCUACACAGUUUUACCCAGUCGAGUCAAAAACUUGGCCCAAUAUGGAGUGCCUGUCAAGGACCUGUGCAGAGCAGUCCCCACCUACUUUGCCCAACAGCAAAAAGAAGGUACUGCCCUGGCGAUGGACCCAGACUCCUGUUCUGAGCUCCAGUUUAUGUCCUUCAUGGGGCUGUCCAUCUGUGGUGAGAUCCCUGGCCUCUGA